GGCUUAGUUCAUCUUUGGUUAGGGUUUAGGGUAGGGCCGUCCCAAGGAUCUCAGAUUGCACUGACCAAAACGUGGCCUCAGCCAGCUACUUCCGCUUUCUUGUCGCUCCCCCUCCGCAGCUUCCUGGGGCUGACCCUGUAUUCACGCUUGAAACCAACAACACAACCGCCUCCCCAGGGACACUUGUUUUGUCAAUCCAGUUUGUUUGCUAGACUCAUCGUAGCUGUUGCCUGGAGGACCGCUGGCCAGUCCACAGCCACUGGCCAUGGAGCAAGGAAGCGGGUUUUCAUUCAUGAAGUAUGGGACGGCAGCGUCCCUCGCAAUGGUUCUGCUGGCGUACUGGUUCCGAUCUCCAGGGGAGUCAGGACUAGAUAACAGGCUUGACACGGUGCUGUCCUCCCUACUGCGGGCUGAAAGCAAAGUGGGGAUGAACAACGCCAGACCCAGGGUGGCGAUAGGUUUAGGGGGUUGUGUUGACGUCAUCGUGGAUGGGGUGACAUUGCUGAAUAAGAUCGGCCUGCCGCCCACAGGCCAGCCUCUCCACCAUGACUACAUAGAGAAUGCUGAUCAGCUGGCACAGAGCUUCGCUUACUUCUUUGCCCCGGGAGCCGCCUCAGAGCGGUUUGUGAUAAAUGACACCUUGUUCAGUCAGCUGGUCGAGGCAUCCCGUGAGUUGCCCGACAACCGCUGGGCCAUAGGUGGCAACGCCCCGGUGAUGGCUGGUCGCAUGGCAACCGAGGGCUGCGACGUGUUGCUAGGGGGGAGCUUCAGCCCCGACUUCGCUGACAUACUGUCCCAGCACAUCACAGUUGCAGGUAAUGUGGUGGAGGAGCCUGAUAUCCAUCUGAUCCUGGAGUACCCAUCAGGAGCCACCUGGGGCCAGUACACCGCCCGCAGAGCCAACAGGUACAUAGUCCACAGUGAUGACCAUAACCCGUACCUGGCGUCGCUUCAGGACUUUGAGGUGAAGCUACAGGACUUCCACCCUGACCUGCUGGUGGUGGGCGGGCUCCAGAUGAUGGACAGCUUCCCCUUCCAACGGGGUGAGCGGGAAGCACUGCUCUCUCGGCUCGGCAGUCUCCUCUCCUCCUCCCCUCGUACGGGCGUCCAUUUUGAGAUGGCCAGCUUCGUGGAUGAGGGUCUAAUGGGGGACCUGCUGCGUCUGGUCCUGCCCCACGCCGACUCUCUGGGGAUGAACGAGCAGGAGCUGCCCAACCUGCUCAGCCUUCUGAGGGGCUCCAACAUCACCGUGCUCUCUGACCCUAACCCUCGCGUUGCUACCGUCCUCGACCAGAUGAGGGCGCUCUACCGCCUGGUCAAUCAGCGCUACCGCGACGCUAAUGAGGAUAGCGACAUGGGCGCUUACGCCACUAGUGCCAAAGGCCGGCCGCUGACCCGGCUCCACGUACACACCCUGGCGUUCCAGGCCAUGAUCGUGACGCGCGGCUCCCAGUGGAAGAACACCAUGUCUGCUGUGGCCAAGGCCUCGCUCACCGCCAACCGCCACGUGUGUGGCUCGCCAGACAUCGACCCCAGCAAGGCGCGCCUCAUCAUGGACGAGUCGUUCUCGGUGAGUAGUAAGGAGGGCAGCCAGCGGAUCCCUCUAGAGGAGACCAGGCCCGUCAGCUGCUGGGACGAGGAGGACUACGAGAUCUGUGUGGCGCCUGUCCUGGUGUGCACCGAGGUUUACCAGACGGCCGGAGGAGGGGACAACAUCUCUGCCGCAGGACUGGUGCUGCAGAUCUGAGCCAUUGAUAGCGACGAACGGCUAACUCUGACGAAGCGUUAGCUUAACAGGGGCGGCCAACUCUGCUCCGGGGGGUGCACUCUUUUGCUCCAGCCCUAUUCUAACACACUGAAUUCAACUAUACAAGAUUCUCAUGAGUAUCUGAUAGGUAGGUCCAGAGCAAAAGCCAGCACACCUCGUAGCUCUCCACUAGGAUUGGCCCCCUAGGAUUCACUGCUAGGCUAACGCGCCAAAAGGUAACACAGAGAGCUAUGAUAGCCAGCUAUCUCUCUGGAGCUCCACAGACUCCUUGAAUAAAUUCCACGUGUGUUUUAAGUCAGUAAACCAAACGGACAGAAAGACAGACAACCCUUCCCAUAACAUGUGAAGACUUUAGGCAUUCUGUUUUUAGGUGUGUUGAUUUUUGGUUUUGAUUGUUUCAUGUUGUGUUGCCGGUGCAAUGCUAACACAGGGUCCAGUGUGUCUGUGGCAGGGCCGAGCCUGCUCCCCUUCUCUCUCUCUCUCUCUCUCUCUCCUUUUAUCUCCUCUCCCCGCUCUCCUCCUUAGCUCAUUUCUCUCCUGUCCUCUCUGAGCAGUAUGACCCGGGUGAGACUCACACACUCCAGACUUCUAUACUUCCUGUCAGAUAGACCGUGUGAAGACAGGCAGCUCGUUCUCUCAUUCCGUAAGAAGAUGGAACACAUCUAAUAAUACUACCCAUAAACCCCCCUGGGAUAUAUAGUAUUUCCUCAACCAGAAACAAGAAGAAAAAGUUUAUUGGACACAUUCAAAUAGGUCCCUCCCUGUUCUGUUUAGUUCCUCGUUAAUACACCCCUGCUGUGGGGUUUUCCUCAACCGUGUGUGUCGGUCGGUCGUGCAACGGUCCAGACACGCAUCACAUAUCCACUAUUUUCCCUGUAGUCUCUUACAUAGAUCCGUAUCUGCCUUGGAGCUGUUAUCAUAGUUAUUCAUCCCAUUCUCUCCCAGGAUAUCAACACAAAAACCCAACAUUCCAUCAGUCCCACUAUUUCAGACGUUCUGUCCCUGUGUCCUAAUGUUUUGAUUCUUUUUUCCACAAGGGAAAGCUUUAGUUUGAUAUCUGUGACGUUAUUUUUUUUUUUUUGGGGGGGGUUUGAUGUAAACCAGAUUUAAUGCUGGAGGCAUAUGAGACUGAACUCGUAUGUCUAGGUCUGCGUUCAUACAGGCAGCCCAAUUUGUAUAUUUGUUCACUAAUUGAUCUUUUGACCAAUUCGAUCAGCUCAUUGGGCAAAAUAUCAGAAUUGGGCUUCCUGUGUAAACACAGUCUAUAAUUAGUUUUAAAAAAUGGGUUUUUAAUGUAUAUACAUAUUGUUGCUUGAUGCUAAACUCAAUCUGGCCUGAACAUACAAUCCGCUGUAAUGUUGUCUUCGUGCUGAUUUCAUGAUUGACAACAGGGAGUGCUUCUCUUAUGUCUGUAAUGUGAAACUAUUUGACCCUUUACAUGAGCAUGUAUUCUUCCCAUGACCUCCUCACUCUGUAUCAUAUCAUUGCGUCACACACAGAAACACAUUAGGCCCUCCGGUUGUUUGAAUGACUCCUGCACGGCCCACGCACACAGUGUUAACUGUAAGGCGCUUUGGUUAAAAGUGACUGCGAAAUAAUAUCAGACACGUUUGUCAUUUUAAAUGUACUUUUCCAUGGAGAACGGCCCGUGAUCUCAUCUGCUGUGAAGGGAGACUGGGUGUGCAUCCCAACAGUCUGUGGCUUUCUCUCCCUGUUUCCUGUAUUUAAUUAGCACCGACCUGCACAUAUCUCAAAUCUUCAUAUGAGCUCAGAUGAGAGGAAGCCACUGUACUAAUGAGAUGUAGAUGACGCCUGUAUGCUUGACAGGGUUUCUCUGCCUCCCUCUAAAGGCUGCGUUUAUUUUGAGACCUAACACCAUGCCACUUCAAGUGUCCACCCCUUUGAGUGACUGAUCUGCAAGCUUGUGUGUGUGCGUUCCUGCCUGUCUGCGCCUGCUUGUCCCAGACAUGCAUGUUAUGAAUGAGUGUGCAUGCUUGCGGAACAUACUUGUGUGAAUGUGUGUGUGUUGCUCUGGCCAUCUGACAUUGUUGUCUCAGGAACUAGCUGGGCUGUUCAGGAAACCUGUAGGCUCUGGGAAACCUUAAACUAUAUGUAUGUGGACACCCCUUCAAAUUAGUGGAUUUGGCCAUUUCAGCCACAUCCGUUGCUGACAGGUGUAUAAAAUCUAGCACGCAGCCAAGCAAUCUCCAUAGACAAACAUGGGCCUUGAAGAUCUGUGACUUUCAACGUGGCACCAUCAUAGGUUGCCACCUGUCUAACAAGUCAGUUUGUCAACUUCUGCCCUGCAAGAGCUGCUCAAGUCAACUGUUAAGGGCUGUUAUUGUAAAGUGGAAAUGUCUUGGAGCAACAACGGCUCAGCCGCAAAGUGGUAGGCCACAAAAGCUCCUAGAACGGGACCGCCUAGUGCUGAAGCGCGUAAAAAUUGUCUGUCCUUUGGUCCAAACUGCCUUUGGAAGCAACGUCAGCAUAAUAACUGUUCGUGAGCUUCAUGAAAUGGGUUUGGAGUAAUGUAAAGCUUGCAUCCAUUGGACUCUGGCGCAGUGGAAAACAUGUUUUCUGGCGCAAUGUUCCAACAUCUGGUAGAAAGCCUUCCCAGAAGAGUGGAGGCUGUUAUAGCGGCAAAGGCGGGACCAACUCCAUAUUAAAUGCCCAUGAUUUUGGAAUGAGAUGUUGGACGAGCAGGUGUCCAUAUACUUUUGGCCAUGUAGUGUACUUCCAGUUGGAUUGGAGAUUGGGUGUAUCACAGUACAUGGAGGAAGGCUGGCUCAUAGCCACGUGGGUUGGUUUAUUCUGAUUGACUUGGGAGAAAUAAAGAAACACACAUUCCA